GAAAUAAGCAUUCAGCUGCUCUGAAGAAUGAAGAUGCUGCUCAGAGGAAAGCAGCUUGGGAGGCUGCUGUGAGAAAGAAGAUUGAAUUUGAGAAAAAAGCAUUAUAUAUUGUUGAACAGCUCCUGGAAGAGAAUGUUACUGAAGAGUUCUUUCUGAAUUCUGGAAAAUUUAUUACUCCAUCUCACUAUAAAGACAUUGUUGAUGAACGGUCUAUCAUCAAACUAUGUGGUUAUCCUCUGUGUCAAAAUAAACUGGAAAAUGUGCCAAAACAGAAGUACAGAAUUUCAACAAAAACGAACAGAGUUUAUGAUAUCACUGAAAGAAAGUGCUUUUGCAGCAACUUUUGCUAUAGAGCAUCUAAAUAUUUUGAAGGUCAAAUUUCCAAAAGUCCAGUAUGGAUGCGAGAAGAAGAAAAACCACCAGACAUAGAGCUGCUGAAGGAGGGACAGAGUGGACAGUCUGGAGAAGAGGUGCAACUACGUGAUGAAAUAAUUAAAGCCUCUGACAUUGAAAAUCCUGGGAUAUCUUCAAGUCCAUAUGAAUCUCAUUCUUGUGACACAGUCAGUGACAGCAGUAGUGAUACUGAACAAGAAUUUGUUUCUUCUGUCCUACCAGGAAGUCAGUCACGUUCAGUCAAUUUUGCACAGCAAUUGCACAGAAACAGCAUCCUCAAAAAGAAGCACGCUCAGAAAGUCUGUUCCAGCUCUAAAACUGAAGACUCAGAUGUGACAGAAGCCACUGAACGACUAUCUAAUUGUAAAUUAGAUGCUCAGGAAGAAAUGCAUGCUUGCUCUGUUCAUAAUAAAAUAACUGCAACGCCUUCGAAAAAUACUACUCUAGGGAAAUCAAGUGCUUCAGAAAACUAUGAAAGUACCUGUGGUUCACAGAUAGUUUUUCUAGGUGUGAGCAAAAGAGGCGCAGAACAUCUUAAAAGAACACUAGCUAACUCAAAAGAACAUGAAAAUCCUGAACUGAGGCAUCCAGUUAAUUCCAAAGGCAGUUUAUUAGAAGUGCUUAAGCAGACACUUACGGAAUGGAGAACUCAGGAAACUUUGAAAUUUCUUUAUGGCCCAAACUAUACUUCUUUAUGUUCAUCAGAGUGCAUAUCAUCUGCCAACCAGGAGAAUGAAGAACUUGAUGAGGAUGACUUAGAUACAGCUGAUGAUCUUAACACUGUUGCUAUAGGGAAAUCUGAAAACAGUUUGAACUAUUCCUUACCUUUCACAGGCCCGAGUGGAAUAGUUAAGCCUGUGCCUAGUUACAAAAAGUUAAAAGAAGAAACGGAGUUCCUAGAACUCCGAGUAAAAGAGUUCUACAAAGGAAGGUGCAUCUUGGCUGAAGAGGCAGUGACACAAGCAGAGGAACAUCCAAGCAAAGUAAGUGAUGAUCAACAGGAAGAGCUCACCUUCCCACUUGUUGAUUCAAAUGCACAAAUGCAGAUUAGAAAGCGAAUCGUCCUUGAAAAACUGAGAAAAGUAUUACCUGCAGUUUUGGGUCCUCUUCAGAUGACUCCAGGUGAUGUUUACACAGAGCUAAAAAAUCUUGUCAAAACUUUCCAGUUAACAAACAGAAAUAUUAUUCACAAAAUGCCUGAAUGGACUAUAAUUGCUAUUGUUUUGUUAUCUGUAUUGUCACAAAUUACUCCACUUUUAAAGAACACUCAGACAAGCCCAAUGUACACACAGUUCCUGAAUACGUUGCUGGAAGAACUGCAUUUCAGAAAUGAAGAUCUGGAAAGCUUAACGAGAAUAUUUAGAAAGGACUGCCUACUUGAAUGUUUGAGGGAAUCUGGACUCUACAAAAUGUAA